GCUAAAAAGUCGUACGAAGCUGAUGCAACGAGCAGUUGCUGUUCGAACAGCGUACUAGAACGGUCAACAGCGUACAUAGAAACCUUCUCAGAGUACAAUUUCGAACAGACUCUGAAAUCCACCCAAUUAAUACACAUAUUCUAAGGUGGGCAAGUGUAUCAAACAAUCAAUCGUGCAUCGAAGUGUUCAAAAUGUGGACAAUAAUCUUAGCAGUCGUGGCUGUGCUUGUAGUAGUCUACAAGUACAUGACCGACUACGAUUUUUUUGAAAAACGAGGAAUACCUUACGCAAAGCCUUUUCCUUUUCUCGGAAGCAUAUGGGAGGCAGUGUUGAUGCGAUGCACGUUCGCAGAAGUGGUCCGCCAAUUGUACGAAUUGAACCGCGAGGCAAAGUACGUGGGUUUCUUCGACUUUCUCACUCCAGUGGUGACCAUCCGCGACCUGGACCUGAUCCGAUCAGUGACCAUCAAGAAUUUCGAUAACUUCCCCGACCACAGAUCCUUUCAGAACGACGAGAUCGAUCCUCUGUUCAGCAAGAAUCUGUUCAACCUCCGUGGAGACAGAUGGAGGGAGGUUCGAACGACCCUGAGCCCAGCCUUCACCUCCAGCAAGAUGAAAGCUAUGUUCAUAUUGAUGAGAGAAUGUGCCAAGAAAUACGGCGAGAAUCUAUCCUCCCUGCCGGCUGAUCAGAGGAUCCUGGAACUGAAAGAUGCCUACACCAGGUACACCAAUGAUGUGAUAGCUACCUGUGCGUUUGGAGUGAACGUUGACUCAAUGACGGACCGUAAGAAUAAAUUCUACGUAUAUGGUCGCGAGGCUACCACCUUUGGAAGACUGCAGUCCCUAAAGUUCUUCCUUAUUAGAAGCUUCCCUAAACUGUGUAAUUUGCUGAACGUGAAGAUAGUGAAGACAGAGAUCGCGGAGUUCUUCCAGAAUCUGGUAUCAGAUACCAUCAAGGUCAGAGACGAAAGAGGUAUCGUUCGUCCGGAUAUGAUCCAGUUGAUGAUGGAGUCCAGAGGGAAAAUGGGUCCUGGUAAGGAAUUGACCAUCGAGGAUAUGACUGCUCAGGCGUUCAUCUUCUUUUUCGGUGGUUUCGAGAGCACCUCGACCACCAUGUGCUUCGCGACCUACGAGGUAGGAGUUAAUCCAGAUGUCCAAAAGAAACUUCAAGAAGAGAUUGAUCAAGUAUUGGAAGAUUGCAAUGGAGAGGUUACUUAUGAAGCUAUCAAUAACAUGAAGUAUUUAGAUGCUAUCAUCAAUGAGUCUCUCAGGAUGUAUCCGGUUAUUGUGGCUGUUGAUAGAAUUUGUAUGAAGGACUUUGAACUGCCUCCAGCAUUGCCGUCAGUGAAACCUCAUGUUGUUAAAAAGGGUGAAUAUAUCUGGAUACCUAUCUACGGGGUACAGCACGACCCAGAUCAUUUCCCAGAGCCGGAUAAAUUCAAUCCUGACAGAUUCCUCGAUGACCCAAAGAAGAUUAUGAACUCUGGAGCGUUUUUGAGCUUUGGACUUGGGCCCAGAAUGUGUAUUGGUAACAGGUUCGCUCUGUUGGAGGCCAAAACUUUGCUCUUCCAUGUCUUCGCUAAUUGUGAACUGAAACCUUGUUCGAAGACCACCAUACCAAUGAAACUGAGCAAACAGGGAUUCGCCAUGACUGCUGAUGGUGGAUUCUGGUUCGACGUUCAGCCCAGAAAGAAACCACAGCACGUGAUGGUCAAUUCAGUGAGCAGCAAUGGAGUGGCUUUCUGAAGGAAUUUGUUUUUUUUAAUUAUAUUUGUGCAUAUAUUUUUCAGUGUUUAGUAGCUGUAAUAUGAUUUCGUAAGCAAAAAUAAUUCUUGUUGUGUUAAUUAUAAUUCUCUGUGCCAGUAGCUUUCGAUGACUUCUCUGGAGUGUAUUAAGUAGCAAAUGGCCUUGUUUUAUCGUAGUAUACAAAUUGAAUGAUAUCCAUUGAAGAUGAAUGAAAUUGAUAAAUCACUGAUAAAAAAGACACUCGAUAGGGACACGUGUUGUUUUUACACGCUGAAUUCUAAAUAAAGUUCGUUUAAGUUAUAUUUGA